UGUGUGUGUGUGUGUGUGUCCUUGGCGAACAGGCUAUAAAAUCAAUCCGUGGCUCAAAGGCACAAAAGUGGAGGCAAACAUUUCAGUUUGAACCACAAGUCAAACAUCAAGGAGAGACAAGGAAAAGGCGGCGAUUUCAGGAGAAUGUGUCCUGUGUGGUUAGUGGUGGUGGCGGCGGCGGUGGGCGUGGUCACGGGAGCUGUCAAUCAAUGCUGGGAGCAUCCCACCUGUCAGACGGUCAACUCUGAGAGAGGCAUGAUGGAGUGCAUCCAGCUGUGUCGCUCUGACGCCAGCGAGUCGCCCAUGAUCCCCGGUGAUGCCCACCUCCAGCCUCCAUUCGACUUCCUUUCUCUUUCUCCUCCAUCCUCCGCCCACUCCUCCUCCUCGCCUCAGGCCAAACGCUCCUACUCCAUGGAGCACUUCCGCUGGGGGAAGCCCGUGGGCCGAAAGCGCCGGCCAGUCAAAAUCUACACCACCAACGACGUGGACGAGGAGUCGGCCGAGCUUUUCCCCGGAGACAUGAGGAGGCGGCAGCUUGGCAGCGAGGAGGAGGAGAAGGUGAUGCACGAGGAGGAGCAGGAGGAGGAGGUGGAGCAGCAGCAGGAGCAGGAGCAGCUCCCAGAAGACGUCCAAGAGAAGAAGGACGGCACAUACAAGAUGAAGCACUUCCGCUGGAGCGGGCCGCCGGCCAGCAAACGCUACGGCGGCUUCAUGAAGAGCUGGGACGAGCGCAGCCAGAGGCCUCUGCUCACGCUCCUCAAGAACAUCAUCAACAAGGACGGACAGGAGGAGAAGAGGCAGCAGUGAGGACACCUCCAACCAAACGUUACACGCCUCCUUUCAAUUCAACUCCAAUGAACGUUUUCUGAUUUCACAGGGAGGAUGAUACGUACAUAACACAUGUUAAUAAAGUUGUCUCAUUCAGCACCAAAACGAGGCUGUGAUGUUUCCUGUCACCUUCCUUCCAAAACCAUUUGAUACGAGUUCAAAUCCGGGAACGACUAUUGGCCUACAGCCUGAUUAGCAGAUUAAUGAAACAGAAUCUUAGUUAUUUUUUAUUUUUAAUGAUUCACAAGGCUGUUUUAUUUGGAUGUUUCUGCAGCCGCAGCCCACGAAACCAGUUCUGGUUUGACAGAAAUCAUCAUUAAGAGACAAGAGAAAAAAGAGGAAAACGUUUUGAAAGAUGUAAAUAACUGUAAAUGACAUGAAAACAUAAAGAUGUUUGCAAGCAA